AUGGAGCAAAACUAUUUGAUGCGCUAUGGAUAUUUGGAAAAAUCGAACAUCGAAACGGGCAAUCUGCGAACAAUCGACGAACUAGAGGCUGCUGUGAAAAUGCUGCAGUCAUUUGGUGGUCUCAAUCCGACGGGAACAAUCGACGAACCGACAUACGAGCUGAUGCAAAAACCACGCUGUGGUGCACCGGACGUGUCCGAUUCGUUAGAUUUCCUGCCAUCGAUUGACAUACGCGUGCGUCCCCGGGUCCGCCGGUACAUCAUCCAGGGCCAGAAGUGGCACAAUCCCAUCAUCACUUGGAGGUAA